AUGAAUCAGACCACCGGAAAGAUUUCCUGGGGCCAGUCCGAUGACAAUGAUGUGGACUACAGCUACAUCAUAGCCUGUGGUUAUGUAUUUGUCCAAACAGCUAUUUGUGCCGUGGGAUUUGUACUCAACGUGAUCAAUUUUCUAGUAUUUGUGCAGCCAACCUUUACCGCACCCACUUAUAUCAUGAUGACAUUCCUUUCAUUGGCUGAUGCAGCAACCUUGGGGUUCCGAAUUCCCCAAGGCUAUGUAUUCUUUCCCAUCAUAUCGGAGUACAACAGCGAUGCCGUAUUGUAUGUGUACGUAUACAGCACAUAUGUGGAAGUCCCUUUGACAAAUAUGUCGGAAAACAUUAGUGCCUGGCUUACCGUCACGCUGGCAAUAGAACGUUAUGUAACAAUGAAACACUGGUCUGUUGCAAAACGUUUCAUCACACAAAGGAAUACCCGAUUUCUUGUGCUGGUCAUUUUUCUUGUGGCCGUGGUGUUCAAUACUCCAUAUUUUGCCACCCAAGUCAUCACCUUGAGUCGAGAGAAUGGAACACUGGAACUCAAAAGCGAACUGACCAGUUUCUACCACACGAACUAUUACGCGAUUUACACAUGGCUCCGUAUUGUGCUUGUACAAAUAAUCCCGCUGUGUUUUUUGUGCAUAUCGAACUGUUUACUUUUUGCGUUGGUUUCACAACACAAUCAACGAUUUUCACGUCAUGAAAAAGCCUGCGGGGGUGGAACUCCAGUGAAGAGGAAAAGUCGCUUUCUGCGUAAAAGAAAACUGUCUACCGGGUCAUUUCUGACCGCUGUGUCUGAGACUUGGGCUCUAAACAACGAACAAAAUGAUAACAGUUCAACCAGAUUGUCCUUCUCAGUUGUACAUAUCAACGGAAACAACUCUGCGGUAGAUGUGAGUACACCCAAAACCGAUACGACCCAAACGAACAUGGAUAGACCUUCACAAGGAACGCUGAAACCUGAGGUUAAUCAGCUGCAAGUUCCUUCCAAAAAAUCACGACGCUCACGUCAUCCACGUGACUCCGUUCGACGUCCAUCUGCAAACGUUGACCUGACACCAAGCGAACCGGAUCAGCGUUCUGGUAAAUUUGAGCGAUCGCAGAAAAGGAGAGCGGCUCAGAAAAAAUUGACCAUUCUUCUUAUUGCUGUUAUCCUACUGUUUUUGAUUGGCCAGGUCCCACUUUCCCUGGCCUAUAUCCGUGUUUUUGCUGCGCUGGGCAUCUGUUCCACAAACCGACUGGAUCAAUGUGUUGCACAUCAGUUUUAUCGUAUGAUCACAAUCAAUCUGUCCCAUUUGGCAUUUGCCCUGAACUUCUUUGUAUAUCUGUUUCUCAACAGGGACUUCCGUAACACCAUAGUUCGACGAACGUGCCAGCCAAAAUCAUGCAUUGCAUAUCCCCGAAGUCAGGCAACUUGA